AUGACUAUUGAAGUUACGGGAACUGAUGAAAUCCCUAUUCAAGUUAUGGAAGCUAUGGAAGCUAAUGAGAUGACUAUUGAAGUUACGGGAACUAAUGAAAUACCUGUUCAAGUUAUGGAAGCUAAUGAAAUGCAAGUUCCAAUGGAAAAUCAGUCAGAAAUUGUAGCUGGUAUUUGUUUUUUCUAUCCUCAAGUAACAGAUGAGUUCAAGCCUACCAUAGGUCAAAGUUUCGAAACAUUAGACGAAGUGCUUGAAUUUUACAACAAUUAUGCAAGGGAGGCUGGGUUUAGUGUCCGAAUGCAUUCAAGUAAGAAAAAUAAGGAUGGUGAGAUCACGAGAAAGGAGUUUGUGUGCAACAAAGAGGGAAGUAAUACAAAAGAAUGGAUUGGUGACGAACAAAAGCGUCGUGGAUUAACCAAAAAGGGUUGUAAAGCAAGAUUGAUAGUUGUGAGAUCUAAACUUGGUGGGUAUGCAAUCACCAUAUUUGACGAGGGUCAUAAUCAUCCAAUGACAUCCCCAAGAAGACGCCACUUGCUAAAGUCUCAUCGCAAGGUUACUAAGUGUUAUAAAAUAUUAGUUGAUCAGCUAGACAUGGCAAACAUACCUCCACACAAAAAAUUUGACAUUCUUGGAUUGCAGGUAGGUGGAAUUGAAAAUGUUGGUUGUACACAAGAAGAUUUAAAUAACUAUCGAGGAAAAGUGCGAAACAAGAUGAAGGGGCAUGAUGGAAAAAUGUUGCAUGAUCAUUUUUUGCUAGAGCAAGAAAGAAAUUCUGAAUUCACAUUCAAGAUUCAAGCAAAUGAAGAACACAAGAUUACUCAAUGUUUUUGGGCCGAUGCAAGUUCUAGGCAAGCAUACAAGCUUUAUGGUGAUGUGGUCAUUUUUGACACUACAUACAAUACCAACCGGUAUAGUAUGAUAUUUGCCCCGUUCAUGGGUAUAAACAAUCAUGGUCAAACAAUCAUUUUUGCUGGUGCCUUUCUAAGUGACGAGACGAAAGAUUCAUUCGUUUGGUUAUUUAGAGAAUUUUUGAAUGCCAUGCCUGGUGAUGCUCCAAAAAUGAUUAUUACUGAUCAAGAUCCGGCAAUGACAAAAGCCAUUCCUUACUGUUUUCCAAACACGUUUCAUAGAUUCUGUACGUGGCAUAUUUUGGAUAAGUUCUCGAGCAAGCUUCCUGCGAUGAAAUACAGAGAUCAUUAUUUAGAUUUCAAAGCAUGUAUUUGGGAGUCAGAGACUAGAUAG